ACCCCCCACGGGUGCCGGUGCUGAGCUCCUUCCUGGAGCCCCCUCCGGGGCAGGGGGGGGUCCUGCAGUGCUCCGUGGACAGUGUCCCCCCGGCACAGCUGGCCCUCUUCAAGGACGGGGCCCUGGUGGCCUCCACGGCGCUGCCACGGCCCGACCCCGGGCCACGGCUCGGUGUCACCUCGGCCACCAACGUCCUGAGGAUGCAGUUCCACCCCGUGCUGCUGCAGGAUGAGGGUCGGUACCAGUGCGUGGCCACCAACGCCCACGGCAAUGCCAGCGCCACCGGGAACUUCACAGCGGGCACCGUCCGGGUGCGGAUCCUGCCGGCCCCGGAGGUGCGGGAAGGCGGCAAUGCCACCCUCACCUGCGCGGUGGCGGGCGGGGCCGAGGAGGUGCUGAGCUACUCGUGGUACAGGGACGGGCUGUGGCUGCGCAGCGGCCCCUCCCCAGCCCUCCCCCUGCCCCGCAUCUCCGCCUCCGACGCCGGCUCCUACCACUGCUCCGUCCGGACCCCCGCCCGCAACCGCAGCGCCGCCCCCGCCCCGCUCCGCGUCCUCUACCCCCCCCGGGACCUGCGGGUGAAAUCGUUCGUGGAGAGCAGCGAGGGCAGCGCCGUCAUCCUGCUCUGCUCCGUGGACAGCAACCCCCCAUCCCGGCUCACCCUGCUCAGGGGGGGGCAGCCGGUGGCCUCCAGCCCCCCCUGGGGAGGGGCCCCCCCCCGGCAGAGCAGCCACGUGUCCCCCUCUCCCAACACGCUGCGCUUGGAGCUCCGGGAAGCGUCCGAGGAGGACGAGGGCGAGUACGAGUGCCAGGCACGGAGCCCCCUCGGCAGUGCCCGCGUGUCCCUGACCCUCCGGGUGCAGGCCGUCAGGGUGGUCGUGCGACCCUCGGCCGAGGUGCCGGAGGGUACGGAGGUGACCCUGACGUGCCGGGACCCCCACGCCGCCCCCGGGACGCCGUACACGUGGUUCAGGAACGGGCGGUGGCUGGCGGAGGGACUCGCCGCCUCUCUGGGGCUCCGCGGCCGCCGCUCCGACGCGGGGCUCUACUCGUGCCAGGCGGGCAGGGGGCACCGGGCCCCCCCCGCCGCCCUCAGGGUGCUCUACCCCCCCCAGGAGCCCACCUUCACCUCCCUGCUGGACCCGCGGGGGGGGCGACAGGCCGUCCUGCUCUGCUCCGUCGACAGCUUCCCCCCCUCGGACCUGGCCGUGAGCCGGGGGCCCGGGCAGCCCCCCCUGGCCUCCUCCCGCGGCCCCUCCGCCCCCGGGCUGGACGUGCGGGCCUCGCCCAACGCGCUGCGGGUGGGGCUGGGGGCGAUGGGGCCGCGGGACUCAGGGCUCUACCUGUGCUCGGCCAACAACAGCCACGGCACCGCGGCCGCCGCCCUGCAGCUCCCCGGGGCAGGGGUCACGGUCACGGUGGAGCCGUCGCCAGAAGUGCCCGAGGGCGGCAGAGCCACCUUGACCUGCUCGGUGCCCCCUUGGUGGGGCGAAGGCGCCAACUACACGUGGCACAGGGACGGGCGGUGGCUGCGGGAGGGACCGUCCCCCUCCCUCGUCCUGCCCCGCGUCUCCAGCGCCGACUCCGGCUCCUACGGCUGCCUGGCCAGCGGGGCCUGGGGCACGGCCGGCUCGGCCCCCCUCGGCCUCAGCGUCCUCUACCCGCCCCGGGACGUGUCCGUCAGCACCUUCCUGGAGAACCGCGGCGGGCGGGCGGGCAUCGUGCUGUGCAGGGCCGACAGCCACCCGCCCUCCUCCCUGGCCCUGCUCCACCAGGGCCGGCUCCUGGCCUCCAGCCCGGCCCCCCCCGCCAUCCCGGGGGUGCGGGUGGCCCCCUCCCACAGCGCCCUGCGGGUGGAGCUGGGGGCGCUGGGCCCGGGGGCCGCCGGGCAAUACCUGUGCGUGGCCACCAACGCCCUGGGCAACGCCACGGCCAGCGCCCACUUCGAUGUCAACACCCUCACCCGCCUGCUGACCUUCACCAUCCUGGCCGGGCUGCUGGUGGCCCUCGUCUGCGUGGCCACCCUGGGCCUCCUGGCUGUGAAGUUGUGGCCCAGGAUCAGGAGGUUUCGGGGCCGGUCGGGUGCCGAGGACACUUUGGAGCUGAGGAGCAAACAGGAGCCAGCACAG